GCUUACACCGAUCUAAUCUAAACUGAAAAUUGUCAUUGUUAGUUAUAAAAAAAAAAAAAAAAAGUAAUUUUAUAAUUCAGUGAUUAUUCUUGUAAACCAUCUCAAAUAUUCAAGAUAAUUUGUGUUAAAUUAAAUUUUUUGCUCAAUAAUUGAUCUUUUUUUUUUGUUAUGCGAUCAAAAACUAAAGAAAGAAUGAAGUAAACAAUGCAUUGUUUACUAUUGAUCAUGAAUACAAAUUUGUAAACAAAAUAAUGGCUGUGAAUACUCGUGUUAAAGGACAUAAGCCAUUAGUUCCACUUUUUACUAAGGCAUCUGAAUGUAUUUACACAAGUUGUUAUUGUGAAGAAAAUAUUUGGAAAUUAUGUGAGGAAGUGGCAACAAAACAUGGAUCUGAACUUCAAUAUUGUCAUGUGGCUUUUAUAAGUAAUGCGAAUCGUACGAUACCAUUGUGGUAUCAACGAUCCGGUACAGGUGAAAAUAAUUUAAUUGUUUGGGAUUAUCAUGUGAUUUUAAUAUACGCUCCAGACGAUAGAGCAGUUGUUUAUGAUUUAGAAAGUAUUCUUCCGUUUCCAACUCAUCUUUGGAAAUAUAUUACGGAAACAUUUAGAAAUGAUGAAGCACUUCCACCUGAAUGUCACAGAAGAUUUAGACUCGUUCCUGCUAGUACAUAUUUGCAAUAUUUUGCAUCAAAUAGACAUCAUAUGAAACGUAAAGAUGGAACGUGGAUUAAACCACCACCAGAACAUUCUCCUAUUUCAACUCCUGCUUGCGAGGAUAAUUUAGAUACGUUUAUUAAUAUGGACGAAGAAACAGGAUAUGGAGUAAUAUUGAGUCUGAAACAAUUAAUAAAUCGAUUUUGCGGCAAAAACACCAAUGUCAAUACACCUCAACAACCUUAAGUCAAAAGGAAUUCAGAAUUUUUUCGGGAAUGCUCCUCUGGCCUAAAUGAUGAAUUUUGCCCAAAAUUGUGAAGCAAAAAAAAAAAAAAAAAAAAAAUGAAAAAUUGUUUUUUGUAAGUAUACGCUUUUUGCGACGCUUAAGUCUUGCAAAUGAAAAACACAUAAAGGUCCGAUUUCCAACGACAUCAAAAUUUCAACGAAUAUUUCUUAAGUUUCUAUAAAUAAUAUUGUAAAUUUUAGAAUUUCAAAAAUUCGUAAAUUCAAAAAAUAGAUUUUGACAAAAAAACAAAGUGUCAAUUUUUUUUUCUUUUUUUGUCAAAUCAUGCACUGACAAAAUACGAUCAAAAAAACUCAAAACUUUUACAAAUUUUUCAUAUGUCUCUAAAGGCUGACGAAAUUUUUUUUUUUAAAUUAUCAAUUUUUUCUCUAUAAGAAUAAAAGUACAAAUUUAUUUUCAUUAUUAGAAUUUCUUUUAUAUUGUCGCAUAUAUAGAAUAUUAUUUGAAAAAAAGGAGAGGAUCUUUCCUUUUUUUUUUUUUUUGGAAAGGAUUGCUUGAAAAAAAAAUCGCCUUUUUGUGCUUAUUCUAACUCGCGGCUUUAAUCGAUCUUUAAAAAAAUUUAUAAAGCCCCCUCCUUUUUAGAGCCACUUUACAAAAGAUCUUUACCAAAUGUGGCCACACAUUUUUCAAAGGCCAGCCUUUUAUACGUGUUCUUAUUCAUAUAUAAAAUUUUGAUAAAAAAAAAAUCACGACGCUUUCUGUCUUGCAGCUUUAAUCUUUAUCAGCUAUAUUACAGCCAUGUCGUUAAAGACUGAUGUAUUCAAAUGAAUGAAUUCUACUUGUAUUUAAAAUUAAAAAUAAUUUAUUUACCUUCUUU